AUGAAAGUAAUAUUGUUUUCGGCGUGCGCAUUCGCGCUGUGCGCCUACACCUUGGCCGCAGAAGAGUCGGCCAAGAAAGCAAAAUCGGACGACAACCAGUCCAAGAGAAGCGUAUCCGAAUUCAACUACGGAUACGGCGGCGGCUCCGAAAUCUCGAGCAGUGGCUACGGACACGGUGGCUCUGUAUUCGCAAGCAGUGGCUACGGACACGGUGGCUCUGAAUUCGCAAGUGCCGGUUACGGACAUGGCAGCUCUGAAAUCGUGAGCGGUGGCUACGGACAAGGAGACUUCGGUGCCGGACACGGUGACUAUAGUUCAGGAAACAUCGGUGGAGGUUACAGUGGAUCAUACGGUGGUCACCAACAAUCAUCGUACCACCACGUACCCGUCAAGACCAUAACCAAAAAUGUACCACAACCGUACCCCGUGGAAGUAGCCAAACCAUACCCAUACCCGGUCAAAGUGGCCGUUCCCGUUGACAAGCCGUACACCGUGGAAGUACCCAAGCCGUACGCAGUGCACGUGGAAAAACCGUACCCCGUCAAAGUUCCAGUGCCCCAUCCAUACCCCGUGGUCAAGGAAAUACACGUACCCUACAAGGUUCCGGUAGAUCGUCCGUACCCAGUGCACGUAGACAAACCGUACCCCGUGUACGUCGAGAAGCGAGUGCCUUACCCAGUUGAGAAGGCUGUGCACUACCCUGUCAAGGUGCCAGUCGACCGUCCAUACCCAGUGCACGUACCAGUCGAGAAGAUCGUACCAUACCCGGUCGAGAAGCCAGUCCACUACCCUGUUAAGGUUCCCGUUGACCGCCCGUACCCCGUACAAGUGGUGAAGAAUAUCCCGUAUCCUGUCGAGAAGCAAGUGCCGUAUCCAGUGGUCAAGGAAAUCCCGUAUCCAGUCAAAGUCCCCGUAAAAGUUGAAGUAAAAGUACCGUACCCAGUCAAGACUUACCAGCCUGAACACCACUACGAACACCAGGAACACCACGGAGAACACGAUUACCAUCACGGUAGCAGCGGAUAUUAA